AGACCCUGAGCGGAUGUUCGUGCGCAUGCGCGGUGUUAGGCGGCCGGCGAUGGCGGCAGCAAGUCGGGAAGCGCCGGAACUUGGUUUGUCAGCCGCUUGGAAUCGGCUGAGUGUCGGUUUGGUACCCGGCUCUCUCGGCUUGGACAUUCCUGGAUUGGAAAGUCAUGAGUUACUUGAGGAUGAACUGCGAACUGCAUUGGAAAUUUUAUGCCACUAUGGUUUGCAAUCAGUGCUUGUGGAUUGGUUUAUGGAGGUGCUACAGAUAGACCUUCAGGAAAAAAUUGCAGCAGAGUUCUGGGACUUUCUUACACAAAGGGAGAACAUGGUGACAGAACAACAGCGCUCAAAGCUUCUGCAUGAUGCUUUUUGUACAUUAAAUCAGAGGUUAGCACCGUAUCUACGUAGCCUGAAGUAUUUGGAGACUUGGCUUGAAGAAGGACUGAUUAACACUGUGGGACCUGGAACACUCAGGGACAAAGUCUACAACAUGGUUAAAGCUGUGUUAUUCUUCUCGAGUGUUCAACCCUUCCAGGAGAUUAUACAUGAGUUUUACACUCGUGCUUUCAGUAUCUAUGUUCACCGUGACAGGAGUCUGCAGAAUAGAAAUAGUUUGAGUGAAGAUGAUGAAGAAACUGUGGAUGAAAUAGAACUGAUGACGUGUGCGGGCUGCUGCUCAGAGAAAGAGAAGUGCUGGUGUAGCACUGCAAUGGAACAGUUUACAGAGGUCAAUCGUAUAUUGCAUUCGCUGAAUCUGCUAGAACGUAUCAGUGCUGACGCCAUCACCACCAUCCUGCACAAGAUGAUAGAGGAGCAUGUGGGCAGGUUGUGUCGUGGAGAGUAUGAAAAUUCCUUUCUGUCUCAGCUUGAGGAGUGGUUGGAGUCAAAAGUGAUUUGUUGGCUGAGUAUGGUUUUCCUGCAGAAGGCCAGCAUUAAAUCAGCUUCUCCUCAGACAAGCAGCACACUGCAACGCUGGAGAAUACACCUACAGUUUUUCCUCUAUCAAGUUUAUGCUAAUAUGAGGAUUGAGGAACUCUUCAGCAUCAUUCGAGACUUCCCAGAAUCCAAGGCUGCAUUGCAGGACCUGAAAGUUUGUCUAGAAAGGACCAAUCAGAGACAACAAUUGCUUUCAUCACUGAAAAUGGCCCUGGAGACCCGGCUUCUCCACCCAGGAGUGAAUACUGCUGAUGUGAUAACACUGUACAUUUCUGCCAUCAAAGCCCUUCGUGAGUUGGAUCCAUCCAUGGUAAUUUUGGAGGUGGUAUGUGAGCCAGUACGCAAGUAUCUAAGGACUCGUGAGGAUACUGUGAGACAGAUAGUAGCAGGUUUGACUGAUGAUUCAGAGGGUUCCAGUGAUCUUGCGAACGAACUCUCAAAAGCAGAUCCAAUCACUUUGGAGCACGGACAGGACAGUGAUGAUGACAUGUCUGAUCCAGAGAACUGGCUCCCUGAUCCUAUUGAUGCAGAUCCAGGGAAAUGUGGUUCUAAGCGCAGGUCUUCUGAUAUUAUUACCUUGUUGGUCAGCAUUUAUGGUAGCAAAGAGCUUUUCAUCAAUGAAUAUCGCACUCUCCUGGCUGACCGAAUACUCCAUCAUUUCAGCUAUAUCACUUGCAGGGAGAUACGGAACCUGGAGCUACUGAAGCUACGCUUUGGAGAGGCUCAGAUGCACUUUUGUGAAGUCAUGUUGAAGGAUGUAGCAGAUUCUCGACGGAUAAACAGUCAUAUUCACGAGGAGGAACAAGAGGGCCCCUUACACCUAAAUGCAAUGAUACUCUCUGGGGAGUUUUGGCCUCCAUUAAAAGAGGAGAAACUAGAGCUUCCUCCUGAAGUGAAGGAAGCAAUGGAUGCUUAUACCAAGAAGUAUGAGAAGUUAAAAGCCAUGAGAUCUUUGAACUGGAAACCUCACUUGGGAAAUGCUGAUCUGGAGAUUGAGCUGGCAGAUAGAACGUUGUCUGUGUCUGUUUCCCCCGUCCAUGCUGCCAUUAUAAUGCACUUCCAACAGAAAAGUACGUGGAGUCUGGAUGAACUCAGUGACGUCCUCAAAGUUCCACUCAUUGCCCUGAGAAGGAAAAUCGCACUCUGGCAGCAACAGGGAGUCCUAAAGGAAGAUCCGCCAGAUACAUUUACAGUGAUUGAGGAAGAACAGAAGGACCAGCAGGAGAAAAUGGUUUUGAUCGACAGUGAUGAGGAGGGAGACUCUGCUAUGGCUUCCCAAGCUGACCAGAAGGAAGAGGAAUUGCAGCUUUUCUGGACGUACAUCCAGGGCAUGUUGACAAAUCUUGAGAGCUUACCACUGGAGCGUAUUCACACCAUGCUCAAGAUGUUUGUAAUGACAGGGCCAGUAUUGACUGAAAUUGACAUGCAGGAGCUGCAGGUGUUCUUACAGAAGAAAGUGAAGGACCACCAGCUAGUCUACUCUGGUGGAGUGUACCGGCUUCCUAAAUCUAACUGCUGAGCAUAGGGCUCAUGCACAAAAAGAACAGACAGAAGGAAUCAGAUUUUGAACUUCUGACUUGCUGUCAUCAACGACCUUAAUCAGAAGAAGCUUUAUGUGGAAGAAUUUGCCAUUUUCCUGUAGAUUAUUGGAGGAACAGCAAGACCUUUGGAAGCUCUAGACUUUGAUCUUGCUGUCCUGGAUUCACCUCAGUUCUUCUGUACCCAAAAUCUGUGACAAUAAUACGGCCAUGGAUGUCUUUGGUGAAUGAGUUAAUGUCAACUGCAUGAACCUGAGUAGUUUGAUCUAUAUCACAGAUGGACAGGAGCAAGAUUAUCCAGCGGUAAUUACUAUCACUCACCUGUGCCUGUCAGAAGCCAGAUUGUCUUUACAUUCAUCUCAUGAUAAUUUUGUGAAAAAGAGUUGGUGAUCACGGAUGUCACAAUAAA